ACGAUAUGAAAAUAACAUUCGACACUCAACACGUCGACUAUAAUGGUCGAUAUCGCCGGGACGACACGUUCUCAUCACGGAGGAUUUGUACCGGUGUAAUCAUGGACCGUAUGAAUCUGUGGUCAUACGAGGCCUCUGAUUCUGCUUGAGUAAAUUUGUUGAGUAAUAAUUAAUACAUAUGUAAAGUAUUCAAAUCUGCAAAUGGCUACAGGUUGAUCAGUGAGGCACGCCGAUGUAGGGAAAGACGAGGAAAGAAAUAUAUUGUUAAAAAUCAAUGUAUAUUUUUGAUAAAUCAUAAAGUAAAUCCUCCUCUCUUUCGCUCUACCUGUAUUUCUCUGUCUCACUGUCUCUCUAUGCCUGUUUUAAUGUCUCCCUGUCUCUCCUUCACUGUCUCUCUCUCUCCUCAUCUUUAUCACUGUCUUCCUCUCUGUCUUGCUCUCCCUCUCUGUCUCCCCAUCUCUCCCCCCCUGUUUUUCUGUCUCUCUCUUUCCCUGUCUUUCUCUGUCUCCCCAUCUCUCUCUCACUGUCUUUCUCUCUGUCUCCGCCUCUCUCUGUUUCCCUACCCCCUGUCUUUCUCUCUCUGUCUCCCUGUCUUUCUCUCUCUCCCUGCCCCCUCCCCUCAUUAAAAACACUGUCUAUUAUGAAUGCAGUCUCUUCAUUCUUAUUUUGAUGGAUUGAAUUCUGGUCACACUCUAAUUUUUUAGAAAUCAGUGGGAGGCUCCAAAUACAGAUUAAUCUGCACAAACAAACAUAAAUAAACCCCGCACCACACAGAACAGAACAGAACUGAACAAACAGGCACUCUACACACGGGUCUUCACAGCACGAGGCCGCUCGUGUUUCCAGCUCUCCUCAUGCUAAUGACCGUGCUCUACCGUCACGUGACCAGCCGACAUCAUGUGACACCCGGAAGUUGGUGAAUCACCUUUUCGUGCCUGCUACACUUUCUACCUCUUUUCCUCCCGACCCCGUCUCUUGGCGUCGGAUUGGCUUCAACUAUGCGUGCGCGUCGUCGCUUCGCCAAUCAGCAGAGUGUUUAUGGGAAGUUUUAGCCAAUCCCAGUGAAGGAGGCGGGACUUUUCUGGAAUACGGGUGCGAUCCUGAAGAGACGGUAGGACAGCUGUUGUUGGAGCGGUUUCAUUAACGCUGUGCGAAAGGAAAGCAAAGUCCUGCGGAGUUCUCCAGAAGACAGUCUGAGAGCUGUUUUUAGUGACAAUAAUUUAUUCACCAUCCACGGAUCAUGGGCUCCAUGUUCCGCAGUGAGGAGGUGUGCCUAGUGCAGCUCUUCCUGCAGUCCGGUGCAGCCUACAGCUGUGUCAGCGAGCUGGGAGAGCUGGGCAUUGUCGAGUUUAGAGAUCUGAAUCCGAACGUGAACGCCUUUCAGAGGAAGUUUGUCAAUGAGGUAAGAAGAUGCGAGGAGCUCGAGAAGACUUUCGGGUUUCUGGAGCAGGAGAUCACGCGCUCUCUCUCUCCAUCACUGCGCUCUCAGUUGCAGGACCCCUUGCUCAGCCCCCCGGCGCCGCAGCCCAGAGAACUGCUCACUAUCGAGGAGGAGAGCGAGCGCUUAGCCCAGGAGCUCAGAGAGGUUUCCAGAAACAGAGACAGCAUCCAAGCUCAGCUGACCCAGCUGUGUCAGUACCGAGGAGUGCUAACUCAGAUGCACUUCCUCACCUCCUCUCAGACAGCGCCACCUCCAUCGUUUGACCCGGUGGGUUUAGCAGAGAACAGGCAGGACGUGAGGCUCAGCUUCGUGGCUGGCGUCGUGCACCCGUGGAAGGUACCGGCCUUCGAGAGGCUGCUCUGGCGUGCCUGUCGCGGUUACAUCAUCGUGGACUUCCGGGAAAUGGACGAGAAGCUGGAACAUCCCGAGAGCGGUGAAAUGGUGCAGUGGACUAUCUUCCUCAUCUCCUAUUGGGGGGAUCAGAUUGGACAGAAGGUGAAGAAGAUCUGUGACUGCUUCCACACACAGAUGUUCCCGUAUUCGGAGAGCCAAGCAGAGAGAGAGCAGGUUCUGAGUGAACUCAAGACUAGAAUCGAAGACAUCAGGAAAGUGACGGUUGAGACAGAACAGUACCUGCAGCAGUUGCUAAUGCGUGCCGUGACCGUUUUGCCGAAGUGGCGUGUGCAGGUGCACAAGUGCAAAGCCAUUCAGAUGGUUCUGAAUCUCUGCAGCCCUUCCGUCACCGAGAAGUGCCUGAUCGCCGAGGCUUGGUGCCCCGUUAGCCAGCUUCCCGCUCUACAAAGUGCCCUACGUGAAGGAGGGAGGAAGAGUGGUAGCAGUGUCGAUUCAUUCUACAAUCGUCUGCCUGCUAGCUCCUCUCCUCCUACCCUCUUCCCCACUAACGCUUUCACUGCAGGCUUCCAGAAUAUUGUAGACGCUUACGGAGUAGCCAGCUAUAGAGAGGUCAACCCAGCACUGUACACCAUCAUUACUUUCCCGUUCCUGUUUGCGGUGAUGUUCGGGGACGUGGGGCACGGCCUCCUCAUGACACUCGCCGCUCUCUGGAUGGUGCUUGAGGAGCAAGACCCCAAAAUGAAGAACAACACAAAUGAGAUCUGGCGUAUGAUGUUCGGAGGACGCUAUCUCAUCCUGUUGAUGGGACUUUUCUCCAUUUACACUGGCGCCAUCUACAACGAGUGCUUCAGCAGAGGCCUCGCUGUCUACCCCUCCUCCUGGCACAUUCGCCCCCAUGCCAGCCACUACAACUGGACCGAUGAGAUUUUCAGAACAAAUCCAUAUCUCUCUCUGGAUCCAAACGUUACCGGAGUAUUCACUGGGCCCUAUCCAUUUGGCAUCGAUCCGAUCUGGGGGAUGGCUAAUAACCACCUGACGUUCCUGAACUCCUAUAAGAUGAAGAUGUCGGUGAUUAUCGGAAUCAUCCACAUGACGUUCGGAGUCUGUCUGUCGUUGUUCAACUAUAUACACUUCGGGGAGAUAAGCAGCGUGUUCCUGGUGCUGAUUCCCGAGUUGUUUUUCAUGCUGUGUUUGUUCGGUUACCUGAUCUUCAUGGUGAUUUUUAAGUGGGUCGUUUACGGUCCUAUGGACUCGGACAAAGCUCCCAGUAUUCUCAUCCACUUCAUCGAUAUGUUCCUGUUCACGGAGAACAAAGACAAUCAAGAACUCUACAGCGGCCAGAUGACGGUGCAGAAGGUCCUGGUGGUUCUGGCAGUGUGUUCCGUUCCUGUGCUGCUGCUGGGAAAGCCCAUUCACGAGUACAUCGCCUUCAGGAAGAAGAAACGCCAGGCUGCUUUAAGGGGUGAGCGGCGUCCUCUACUAGCAGAAAACGGCACGAUAAAUGCUCAGCAGGACGAGCUCGAGGCGAAACCGGAAGAAGCAGAGGAGGAGUUUGAUGGAGCCAAUGUUUUCAUGCACCAGGCCAUCCACACCAUAGAGUACUGCCUGGGCUGCAUCUCCAACACUGCCUCUUACUUGCGUCUGUGGGCCCUCAGUCUGGCUCAUGCUCAGCUGUCCGAAGUGCUUUGGGUGAUGGUGAUGCACAAGUCCUUCUCCAGCACUAGCUACGUGGGAAGUGUAAUCAUGGUAUUCAUAUUUGCUUUUUUCGCCAUCCUGACGGUCUCUAUCCUUCUCAUCAUGGAAGGUCUCUCGGCUUUCCUGCACGCUCUUCGACUCCACUGGGUCGAGUUUCAGAACAAGUUCUACAGCGGCGCAGGAUACAAGCUCAGUCCGUUUGCAUUCGCCUCCUUAAUCAGCUUCUCGUCGACCAACUGAUUCUGCUUGAAAUCAUUUUGUGCCUGCGCGAUGUGCGUUGUUUGUUGUUUUUUUUUUUUUAAAUCCAGACAUUUCAAAACGGUAUCGUUUAAUUUAUCCACGUCGUCUCGGGGUUCAUGCUGAAGAAGCUCCUUUUCCUUCGGGUCAGUCUUCACGAUGGUCCCUUUUUUUUUUUUUUUUUUUUAACCUUGAUCUGAAAUCGGUUUUAGGGUUACUUAGAACGCUUUAAAGGAUUCGGUUCGAGUUACAGCACCACAUACCUUUCAUAAUAAACAAGAUCGUAUCGUUAAGGGACCUGAUAUUAUACAUGAUGCAUUCCACAGAGUUCAUUCACAUACAAAAUGUAACUCAGGGAGAUUUUAUCCAUGUGAAAGACUGUCCGUGUGUGUGUGUGUGUGUGUGUGUGUGUGUGUGUGUGUGAGGUUAAACGUCAGAAUUUUUUUUUUUUUUUUUUUUUUAAACUCCAAUAAUGUUAAUUAGUGAAUUUAAAAAUUCAGAUGAAUCAAAGGGAGUAAUUUGGGCCAGAGGUUUGCUUCUUGCUAUGUGUUUUUAUAUAAAUUAACAACUGUCUUAAUGUCCUGCAUGUAAAGUCUUUUUAAUUACUUGCUUUACCGAUGAGAUAUGAUUUAGAACUGAGACAUGUAACGCUGCAAUACGAGUUAAUACACAGUCAAUAAAACUCCUCAUAUUUGUGUG